UAACCCAAUGAAAAUGAAAAUCCACAGAAAAAAUCUUGAACUUAAUAUACGGCAAGUUUGUACAUCUCUUAAUGGAUGUUCUUGUGCAUACAACCAAGAAUUCCAGGAAUACCUGGUGGGGAACGAGUUAGUUAAAGAUACUCAUACAGUCCAUCCCUGUUAGUACAAUUUCGAGCAUACUGACCGCGAGUGUUGGCCACGCACAUCCGUAACACAGUAUUUCCAUUAUGAAUAUAAAAAUUAAAAAAUCGUCAAGGAAUACAAAAAUGUAACGAAUCGCUGAUAAUAAUUAAUUACUAGUGAAAUUACGGUAAUAAGACACGCCGAUAUAAACUCGCCAAGCAGAAAAUUAAUGUUACAACAGUAACACGAAGAUUAUUAAUUAUAGAACUAAUGUGAUGUUUCAAUUUGUUUAAAUCUCAUCGACACCUAAAAAUCAUCCUGUAACGGUGAUAUGAAAAAAUUGUUAUAAGGAGAAAUACUUUUAUCGUGAAUCGACAGAUAUGUUUCUCGUACAAUAAGAAAGACUAUGAUAACACGUCAAAUAAAUACGUUGAAAAUAAUGAAGUUAAUUUACUUCGUUAUAAUAUUUUUAAACUCUACUAGAAACGUUAAAGCCAAGAGCGAAUCGAGCGGAGAAUAUCUUCAAAAAGUGAUGUUCCAACUUCAAGAAUUCAAUGUUCCCUCGCCUAUUAAUAUUUACGACAGAAUGUCGCCAAGUAAAAACAUAAUUUAUACGAACAGAGAUCGACAAAAUCCUGGAGUUCAAAGAAUCAAUAUGAACACGCGACGGAAUGCGCAAAUAUAUCAAAAUCAUAGUUUGCAACAUCACGACCCUGUAUUUAACGAAAAGAUCGAUUUGCAUCCAACUGAUUUAAGUUUUUCACAUUAUCACGAACCACUCGUUCCUACCGUUACUAAAAUAAGAGAACCGGAAGUGCUUGGAUUUACAAAAGCAGAAUUGGCAGCUAUGUAUAAAAGCGCAUUGCAAAAGGGAUCGACAAUUAGUUUGUCUUCAUUAACAAAUGCACUCUCCUCCGGCGAGUUGCCUCAAGUUACGCAAACUCACGUGGAAUUUCCAAUCAAGCAGCCCCUCUAUCAAUAUUACUUUUUCCCGCUAAAAACUUUUAUGUCAGAAUUUAAAAAAGAUCACGGUUACAAAACGAUUCCUAUCUCUGCAUAUGACAGCACGGAAGCUGCACAAACUACUCAAACGCAGUUAUCGAAUCCUCUUUUUGUAGCCAUAAGUACUUUUGUCACUAUGGCAAUUGUAUUCAUGAUGAGCGUUCUUUUCUUGCCAAAGCUUGCUCAACUCGAUAUAUUACCAGCGCGAAGUAUUCAAGAUGAUUUCUUUUAUCUGACGAACAUAGUUGCGAAUGCCAUCGAACAUUAUAAUUUGUUGGAGAAAUUUAGAAAUCAUCGGAUAAAUUCUAUCAGGUAGUUUAUAAUAUAAUGAGGUAAAUAAUGUACAUAGCUAGGUAAAUGUUAUAAUUAAUAUAGAGGAAAAACAUAUAUAAUGAUUUUAUAUAUUAUAAUUGUUGGAUUAAAAUAUGUAAGGCUGAAAUAAAACUGGAUAAUCUUUCAAAAUAUAUUCAUAACAUCUAUUUCAUUAUACAUAGUCUAUCAUUAUAGUUAGAUAAAUUUUAACAAAAACAACAUUGAGCUAAACAAAACAAUUCUUAUUCGAUAACAGUAUAUAAUAUUUCUAAUUUUGUUCUUAAAAAAUGUAAUGCUUUAUGAUUCUUCUUUUGUACAUAAAUAUUACUAAAAUUGUACAAAGUUAUAUAAUUAGAGAUAUACUCAAAAUAAUACAACAUUAAAUGAUAUAUUCUAAACAAGUAUUGUGCAUCUUUGUAAUCGUAGUUAUGAUAAAGAAAAUAGGGAUAAGUUAUUUUGUGCGAUCUAUUUGGGGAAUGUAUAUGCAUGAGUGAUUACAUUCAAGAACUAUCUAAAUUUGUAAUAAAGAAGGUAUUUUUCAAACUUUGCUACAUGUACUUCUAUCUUUUGUAAAACUAUACCUGUUUACAUUUUAUAAUCUGUACAAUACGAAAUAUAUAAAGGAAGGCACACUUUGGAAUAAUAA